AUGAUCAUCUCGAUCGCAUUUACCCUAUUGUCGGGCCUACUGUACUGCUCGUGCGGGCCGUCCGACAAAAUUUUCAACGAUCUGCUGGAUCAGCAAAAUCCGUCAUCGGGUAAGGCGCCCAAAACCGACCAUGGUGGUCAGCCACCGUUCAAAUACCCAUUCUCAUUCGCACACACCGGCGCAUUCACCGGUGGCUGGACUCGACAGGUCACUGUCCGGGACCUACCUAUUGCCAAAGCCAUGGCAGGGGUACAAAUGAAACUGAUCAAAGGUGGCGUACGUGAGUUGCAUUGGCACGCCUGCGCCGAGUGGGCCUAUAUGAUCCAGGGCACUUGCCGUAUCACCGCCAUCGACGAACACGCUAGGGCGUUUGUCGAGGACGUCACCGAGGGUGAUGUGUGGCUAUUCCCGGGCGGUAUACCCCAUAGCAUACAGGGUGUGGGCGAUGACGGCUGCUUUUUCUUGCUGGUGUUUGACGAUGGUAAUUUCAACGAGUUUGAAACAUUCCUGCUCACCGAUUGGUUCCAACACAUCCCGCUCGACAUACUGGCCAAGAACUUCGGUGUCCCACAGUCUACCUUCGCUAAUAUCACUCACGAAGAGAUGUAUAUAUUUGCGUCUCAAAUGCCCCGCGGCUUACAAGAAGAGAAGACAGCCGCGGCUCAGGGCACGGCAUACGUGCCGAACCCGUUCUCAUUCUUCGCCAGCAAAAUGACACCCAAUGUUACCAAAACUGGAGGUUUGGUCAAAGUGAUUGACAAACGCAACUUCCCGGUGACAACAAUGGCCGCCGCUAUUGUCACCCUAAAGGCCGGUGCCCUCCGAGAGUUGCAUUGGCACCCGAACGGACCCGAAUGGAACUACUUUCUCAAGGGUAAGGCACGGAUGGGUGUGUUCGCCGCGGGGGGUAAACACCGGACUAUGAACUUUGAAGAGGGAGAUGUGGGUUAUAUUGAACAGUCUUCGCCGCAUUAUAUCGAGAAUAUAGGCACCGAUGAUGUCGUGUUCAUCGAAGUGUUUCCGACCGACACUUUCCAUGAUAUAUCGCUCGGCGAAUGGUUAGCCCACACGCCGUCCCGACUCGUCGACGAACACCUGUUCACCGGCGAGAAGUUUAUCGAUGGUAUUCCCAAAACCAAACAAGUUAUCCGACCAUAA